UAGUAAUAAAUACGACUAAUUUUUUAUUUUUUUAAUUGUUAAAGCCCGGCCCGGAGGUUGUGCCAAAACUUCAUGAUCUUCCUGAAGAAUGUAUCAGGGAGAUAUUGUUAAGGAUAGCUGACCACAGGGAUUUGGAUUCAGCAUCAUCAGCAUGGUCAGUGAUGGCGUCAUUAUGCUCCGAACAACGCGUGUGGCGCGAACUAGUCAACUUCCACUUUACAUCACAACAGAUCGACUCAGUUCCGAAGACGGAUGACAACGAUUGGAAGAAACUCUUCCAUCAGCUGAGAAAGUUAUAUGGCUUACGGGAAGAUGCGCAAUACGCGGAGACACUGUCCCUGUGCCGUCACUGCAAAUGCCUAUUUUGGCGAUCUUUGGGGCACCCAUGUAUUGCUGAUCAGUGUCCUGAAUACCGCGAACGCUUGAAAGAAGCAGGUGGGCCACUUCCCCCGCACCCCGUGCCACCAGCGGCCUUCCUAAAAUUCUUCUCUCUUUAAAUGUUACCGGAAUGAAAAUGAGAUAACUAUAGUACUACAACACUUAAGCGAUCAGAACAACGAUCGAAUUAUAAAUGCCUAGAUAAUUAUGGCAAAAAUUUUGAAAAUUGUGUAAUGGUUUGAAGUUUGAAUUAAAAAAAUGGCGGGAAAUAGUGGGGACUCGGGAAUGCUUGUAUCGCCAUUGCGAUGACGUCCCCAAUGGACGGAAUAUAAAUUAACUUGAAUCUUGAUUACCUAUAAAUAGUUUAUUGUUACCGUAAUAUUCUAGGAUUUUAAAUAAAAAAAUGAAAAAAAAAAUGUUAAGUGUUAUAUUAUAAGCACCUAAUUCACCAAUGUUUACAAAACGAGCAAGUAUUUACGAAAAUUCACAUAUGUCUGAUUAAAAACAAACAUCACAAGGGUCAAUAAAAUAUAACUCACAUGGAAUUUUAUUGAACUAGAAAUAAGCAUGACCCAUGACUAAUAAAUAAUCAUAGCAUAUUAUUAAGUUAUAUUCAAAAUUGAUGUAGUAUUUAAUACAUCAUAAUGCUAUAUAAAAAGUGUUCAUUUUUGGUCUUGUAUUAUAUUAAAAAAGGCAGUUUUUAAUGUUAUUAAUAAUUAUUUAAGGAGUUUGUAUAACAUAUUUUGUGGUAACUGCUAACUUUUCUGUAAAAUUUAAUUGUAUUUUAAGCUUUAUAACAUAAUAUUAUGUAUCUAUCAUAAACGUAAAAAAAAAAUAUGUGCAAUGAAUUUGUUCACUUCUUAAAAUUUGCUGAAACCGCGCCAGUAUUCUUAGAAAUAAAUUUGUUAAAAUAAAAUAACAUGGAAUCCUAAAAAUAACAAUCAAUUAUUUAUCUAAUUACUGUACUAACAAUAAUAUUAUUAAAAAGGUAAUUCAUUCAUAGUUACAUAACCUAAUAUUGAACAUUACUGAAGACAGAUUAUUUUAAUAUGUCAAAUGAAAAGUGGGAGUAAUAAAAAGUUAUUUAUUUAUUAUUGUAAUUGUAAAAACUUUUUACAUUUGUGUUUACGCAUGCAAGAAUCUUAGAUGCUUUAAUUUCUUUGUGAUAUUUAAAUUCGCGACUUUUAAGUGUGAUCAAGCUCUUAGUGUUUUUAUUUAGUAGGCAAUGUAUUUGAGUUGUGCUUUUUGAACCAGUAGGAAAUGUAAGUAAAAAUUACUUAAUUGGACUGUUCAAAAUGUUAUGUAGCCUAUGUACUUAUAAAAAUUAUCAUAUAGUUUUAUGUGAAACAGAAUAAAAGUUGCAAAUCUGCAUAAGAAAAAUUAGCAAGGAGUUCCAUAUUAUGUAUUAGUUAUGUAAUUAAGAAAAUCCUAAAACUCAUAAAAAUUAUGAUCUCUAAUGCAUAUAUUCGACUGUUCAAUGCAAUAGACUAAGUAGUGAUAUCUAUUCAUAAGUAUUUAGAUUUUUAAAAUGGUAAAAGUACACAUGUCAAAAUAUUUUUCUAAUAAAUAAUGUAACCUAUAUACAAACUAAUCAAGUAUUCAAAUUGACUGUAGAGAUUUUUCCUGGGACUACAAACUACAAAUUACUUUGUAUAUUUUCUAUGCUUUCUGACGCUAACUUGGGUUGGUUAUAAACACAUAGUUUUGACUGAUUUUUCGAUUUAAAUUGUUAAUAGUAAAUUUUGUUGGUAAUAACAUCUCUAUAUAUUCAAUUAGGGUUAAGGCUAAUAUCAGGGUUAAGAUUUCUUACUUAUAACUGGUUGUAUUCUGAUUAUAAGCAAUAUGCCAGGCCUAACCAAACAUACUGUACUUCUGUCCAUAUUUCUCUUAUAAUAAAUACUUUGCCACAAUUUACCUUAAGUGAGUUUAAAGAUCUAAGUCUGAUAACAAAUAAAAAUUGUUCAUUGUAGAACUGUAGAGUAGAUGUUAUAAUGUGAUAUUUUAAGAUAAUUUUAUGAAAUUUGUAGUUGCAUGUUAUUUAUGAGUUUUAAUGCAGCUUUCUUACUCUGUAGUUCUCUUAGUUGAUCUGUGAUUGUGAUUUUUAAAGUUUUUUUUUUUCAAUGAUUGUCUCACUGAUUAUUUGGAAUAAAGUUAUUUUGAAAAUGUA